GUGAACUUGGCCGCGUCCCGCCGCGAGUCGACACGGAAAAGACCGAUUCGAUUCGAAUCGGCGUCUCGUAGAACCCAGGUAGAAUCAUCGUCGCGAACAAAAUGGAGCGAAAUAAAUAAUUCCGUUAAGCUUUUCGCGGUGGAUUAGUUUCCGGUGGAUACGAAGGAGCUCGAGAGUCCGAACGCUGAUUCGAAACCACGCUUGCCGAGGUAGCCGGGUAACUUGGAAUUAAAGCGAGGUUAAAUCUACCUCGGUUACCCUAACCUUGCCGAUUUCGACGCCGCGGCGCGGAGGCCGGGAUUGCCGGAUUAAAAUUUCGUCCCCGGGAGGAAUAUGAGAUAACCUCAACUCGAACGUCAACAUGAGCUACAACAAGAAGGUGGCUUACUUCUACAACCCGGAGGUGGGUAACUUCCACUACGGGCCGGGCCAUCCCAUGAAGCCGCACCGGCUGUCCGUGAUUCACAGCCUCGUGCUCAACUACGGCCUCCACAGGAAGAUGCAGAUCUACCGGCCGUACCGCGCCAGCACCCACGACAUGUGCCGCUUCCACUCGGAGGACUACGUCGAGUUCCUGCAGCGCGUCACGCCGCAGAAUCUGCAGGGCUACACCAAGUAUCUGAGCCACUUCAACGUGGGGGACGACUGUCCCGUGUUCGACGGCCUGUUCGACUUCUGCUCCAUGUACACCGGCGCCUCGCUGGACGGCGCCACCAAGCUGAACAACAACUGCUGCGACAUCGCCGUGAACUGGAGCGGCGGCCUCCACCACGCCAAGAAGUUCGAGGCGUCCGGCUUCUGCUACAUCAACGACAUCGUCAUCGCCAUACUGGAGUUGCUCAAGUACCGCGCCCGGGUGCUGUACAUCGACAUCGACGUGCACCACGGCGACGGCGUGCAGGAGGCCUUCUACCUCACCGAUCGCGUCAUGACGGUGUCGUUCCACAAGUACGGCAAUUACUUCUUCCCCGGCACCGGCGACAUGUACGAGAUCGGCGCCGAGAGCGGGCGUUACUACUCCGUGAACGUGCCGCUGAAGGAGGGGAUCGACGACACGUCGUACAUUCAGGUCUUCAAGCCCGUCAUAUCGCACGUGAUGGAGUUCUUCCAGCCGACGGCGAUAGUGCUCCAGUGCGGCGCCGACUCCCUCGCCAACGAUCGGCUCGGUUGCUUCAGCCUCAGCACGAAGGGCCACGGCGAGUGCGUGAAGUUCGUCCGGGACUUGAACGUGCCGCUGCUGACCGUCGGCGGCGGUGGUUACACGCUGCGAAACGUCGCCAGAUGCUGGACCUACGAGACGUCCCUCCUCGUGGACGAGCAAAUCAGCAACGAGCUGCCGUACACCGAGUACCUGGAGUACUUCGCGCCGGACUUCACCCUGCAUCCCGAGGUCGUGACCCGGCAGGACAACGCCAACAGCAAGCAGUACUUGGAGGCGAUCACGAGACACGUGUGCGACAAUCUCAAGAUGAUUCAGCACUCGCCGAGCGUGCAGAUGCAGGACGUCCCGUGCGACGCGCUGCCGCCCGAGGAGGAGAGGCAGCCGGAGCCGGAUCCGGACUCCCGGCAGAAUCCGCAGGACACGGACAAGAUUGUCGAGCCGGCGAACGAGUACUACGCCGGCGACAAGGAUCAGGACAAGAUGGACGUGAACGACACGUGAUAAAGAGACAGUAUUAUAACUUGUGAGACCGCGAAAGACCGUAAGGGGAUCCGUUCGAGAUCCCUCGUAAUUAAAGUUCAACAGAUCCAAUCCCAGAGCCCAGAGUUCCAAUUCUAUACGAUUGGAAUUUAUCAAUUUUGAUCAAUCAACACAGCAACAGAGAUACUGCCGAACAAGGAAUGCCGAAAUCUCUUUUUUACGACUGAUCCUGAAGACAAUAGGCGUGCAAUUAUUGAAUUUUAACUUUCGAGACUCUAGUUAAUCUAGUAAUAUAUUCAAAACAAAAACGAAUAAAGACAAAAAUCGAGCAUUUGAUGCGAAUCGCGAUGUAUACUUUUUUUUACGUACGGGCAAAAGUGUAAAUAUGAAUACUGUACAGAUUGAUUUGUUUAUACUAUGACGAAACACACAGGCAUAUUUUACUCAAAUAAAUCUUGCAAAAAUUUUGGAUAAACUUGUAAUAUA